GCCACCCUUUUGGUGUCUCAUCCUUCUCGGGGCCCUCCUGUCCCCCUCCCAGGGCCUCCUCAACCUGCUGAACCCGGCACAACCCAGUGGUGGAGGACAGCCUGGCAGCAAUGGGCUGCUUGGCACAGGCAUCCUUGGUGGGAAAGGCCUCGGAGCAGGACUCCUUGGUGAAGGACUCGGCACAGGACUCCUUGGUGGAGAAGGACUGGCCACAGGAAUCCUUGGUGGAGAGGGAGUUGGCACUGGAAUCCUUGGUGGGAAAGGCCUUGCAACAGGCCUCCUUGGUGGGGAGGGACUUGGCAAUGGUCUCCUCAACAAUGGUCUCCUUGGCAAUGGCCUCCUUGGCAAUAACAGCCUUCUUGGAGAGACAGGUCUGCUUGGCACGGGGCUUCUUGGAAAAGGAGGUCUCCUAGGCAAUGGAAGUCUGCUUGGACUCGAUGGUCUUCUGGGUGAAGCAGGAGGACUGCUGGGUGCAGCAGGAGGACUGCUGGGUGGUGAAGCCCCCCAGAAGAUGACACGCUUCGCCUGGCUGAAGGUGCUGAACCUCGAGAACGCCCGAGUGUCAUGGAAGGUUCUUCGUGGGACUGAGCUUGUGCUGAACCUGUACUCGAAGCUGGUGCUCCGCUUCCCAGGGAUUUUUCAGUUUCUGAGUGGAUCCUCAGUAGAAGCAAACAUCACAUCACACAUUGCCCUGACCCAGGACUCCCCUGGUGACCUUAAGCUGGUGCUUAAGGAUUGCAGCAACCUCCUUGGUGGCUUCAGCGUCAGCCUGAGGAAGGGCCUCCUCACCAAUCUGGUGAGCAGCUUGCUGAACAAGUCUCUUAAGUCCCUCGUCCCUGCGCUGCUCUGCCCAUUAGUGAACGUGUGGGUCAGCAUCAUCAACAUUAAUCUGCAAUUCCUUAACCGGCUCCAGCAGGCUCAGUGA